AACGCGAAGCUGCUGAUGGGUCUGCGCCCGUGGCCCGUCUGGCUGCUGCUGCCGCUGCUGCUGGCAUCUGCUGCCUUCCUGCUGGGGGGCUGCGCGGGCUCCUCCUCACACUCCUUGUGCUAUUUCUACACGAGGGUGUCUGAGCCUGGCCAGGGGCUUCCCCAGUUCACCGCUCAGGGGUCCAUUGAUGACCACAUCUUCAUUGAGUAUGACAGUGACAGGAAAAGAGCCCUCCCUCAGGUGUCCUGGGUCCGGAAGGUGGGGCAGGACUACCCCCAUUACUGGGACAAUAUGACCCAGAUCUUUCGGGAUGCGGAGGAAGUCUUCCGAGUCGUUCUGGAGAGUGUGCAGCGUGACCACGAGCAGAGCACAGGCCUGCACACCUGGCAGGUCAGGUACGGCUGCGAUCUGAGCCAAGAGGGGCGCCAAGGAGUGCACGAGCAGGAAGCCUACGAUGGGAGAGUCUACCUUGACCUUGACAUGGAGUCUCUCUCCUGGAUGGCAGUCGAGAGAGGAGCCCGAGUGAGCCGGACUGGAAACCAGACGGUCUCUGUGAUGGCUUACGAGGGGAAGGAGGACUGCGUUGCGUGGCUGCGGAGAUACCUGGACUACGGGAAGGAGGCUUUGCUGAGGACAGAGCCUCCCGUCGUGAAGGUGACGAGUAAGGAGGACUCCAAAGGCCCGGCCACCCUCGUCUGCCGGGCGUACGGCUUCUACCCGAAGGAUAUCAACGCCUAUUGGAGGAAAGACGGAGAGGUGUGGGUGCAGGAUACCUUCCGCAGAGUUGUCGCCCCCAAUUCAGACGGGACCUACCACGCCGUGCUCGGUAUUAAAACCAACCCCGAGGAGAGGAAACGCUUCCAAUGCCACGUGGAGCACGGAGCUCUGGCCAAACACCUGGAUGUGGCCUGGCAGGAGCCUGGGGGCUCCACUUCUCACUCCCUGCGCUACUUCUACACAGCCGUGUCUGAGCCUGGCCAGGGGCUGCCCCAGUUCAUCGCUGUGGGGUACGUGGAUGACCAGCAAUUUGUUCAGUACGACAGUGACACCAAGGAGGCGCUGCCUCAUGUCCCCUGGAUAAGGAAGGUGGAAAAGGACGAUCCUCAGUACUGGCACAGGAACACUCAGAUAUCUCAGGGCAAUGAGUUGGUGUUCAGGGUGGAUCUGCAGACUCUGCAGAAUCGCUAUAACCAGAGCGGAGGGAUCCACACCUAUCAGCAGAUGUACGGCUGUGAGCUGAGAUCAGACGGGCGCAAAGGAGGGCAUUACCAGUACGGCUAUGACGGGAGGGACUUCGUCAACUUCGACAAGGACACCCUCACCUGGACAGCAGCUGACACAGGGGCCCAAGCGACCAAGAGGAAGUGGGAUCCUAUUGUGGCCGACAGCCAGUACCGGAAAGCCUACCUGGAGGAGGAGUGCAUUGAGUGGCUGCAGACAUACCUGGACUAUGGGAAGGAGACUCUGCUGAGGACAGAGGCUCCGGAGGUGAAGGUGACCAGGAAGGCAGGCUAUGACAACCUGGAAACCCUCGUUUGCCAAGUCCAUGGCUUCUACCCCAAGGAGAUUGAUGCCAACUGGGUGAAGGACGGGGAGGUCUGGCAGGAGGGCACCUCCCGAGGAUUGGUCGCCCCCAACUCGGACGGGACCUACUAUGUCUUGCUCAGUGUCAGGAUCGACCCCGAGGAGAGGGACCGCUUCUGGUGCCGGGUGGAGCAUGACAGCCUGGAGAAGCCUCUGGACGUGGCCUGGGAGAAGGAGCCAGCAUCCAACAUGGGACUUGUUAUUGGGUGUAUCUUGGUAGCUGUCCUGCUGGCAGCAGCUGGAAUUGCUGCGAUCUUGGUGUGCAUCAAGAAAAGGAGAGACGGAUACAGAGCAGCAACAGGUGACCCUGGAGAGGGUGGGGCCAUCCCAUGCGUGGUCCUUGAGGAUGCUGAGCAGGCCUGAUCUUGUGAUUCACCA